CAUGAAAGGUUAUGUCAGGGACUCGGGACACCUGAUCAGCCUCUGACUGCAAGCAGUGGAUUCUCUUGCAACCCAAGAUCAAGAAGCCUUGGACUGUUGGCUGCCAGGCUUCUUUCCUCCCUCUCUUAUUGGGUCUUUCUUAUGUGUCCAGGCCUGGGUUAUACUCUGGGGACACAAGUGAACUGUAUGUUGUUCCUGCCCAAGGAGUCAAGUAUCAGCACUGGUGGAGUGAGUCCCGAUGUCAGCUCUGCCAGCGAGGAAGUCACAUGGGCUGCAGUGAGGACAUGCUGCUGAGAGUGUGCCUGUUUCAGAGGGCUUUCUUGAGCAUUGGCAGUUUGGGGGCACUCUGCCAGGUGAGCAGGUGACCCAUGAGCUAGCUGGGAUCCUCUUAUUCCGCCUGGGCUGAAACUGUGCACAGACAAGGACCAUGUUCCUGCUUCCUUUGCUACCUGUCCUUCUCCUGUGUGUGGCAGGCAUAUCCUCUUCAAAGUCACAAACCUGUGAGGACGCCCUGAAGACUUGCUCUGUCGUAGCCUGUGGCAGAGAUGGGAGAGAUGGACCGAAAGGGGAGAAGGGAGAACCAGGUCAAGGGCUCAGGGGCUUGCAGGGCCCUCCAGGAAAAAUGGGGCCUCCAGGAAAUAUAGGAGCUCCUGGAAGUUCAGGACCAAAAGGCCAAAAAGGGGAUCCUGGAAACAAUGCAGAGGUUGAGGCAAAGGUGCGGCAGUUGGAGGCAGAGAUAAGGACCUUGAAAUCAGAACUGGAGCACACCAAGAAGUUGCACGCCUUCUCAAUGGGCAAAAAGUCUGGGAAGAAGUUCUUCGUGACCAACUAUGAAACUAUGCCCUUUUCCAAAGUGAAGGCUCUGUGCGCCGGGCUCCGAGGCACUGUGGCUAUUCCCAGGAACGCUGAGGAGAACAAGGCCAUCCGUGAAGUGGCCAAAGGCAACGCCUUCAUAGGCAUCACAGACGAGGUGACUGAAGGUCAAUUCAUGUAUGUGACAGGGGGAAGGCUCACCUACAGCAACUGGAAAAAGAACGAGCCCAAUGACCAUGGCUCGGGGGAGGAUUGUGUCAUCAUUGUAGACGAUGGGGUCUGGAAUGACAUUUCCUGUCAUUCUUCUUUCAUUGCUGUCUGCGAGUUCCCAGCCUAAGGAAGCUUGUGCCUCCAUCUUCUCUUUGUCUCCUCUCUGGACUCUCAGUUGCUUCCAAACAAAAUUAAGUACUGAUUUCCCAAGCUUCGUGUUAGCUGAUUCAUUUCAGGGGAGUGGAUGUAUUUGAGUGUGGCCUGAGGAUAUAAGCUGACCAUGGCAUCAGGAUCCAGACAAGCAGAGAGUGAAAGUCACAUCUCUUUUGCCAGGGGCACAGUGACGAGUCAGAGUCAACUGUGGAAAAGCCACAGUAAGUCCCCUCUUUUCACACUGAAGGACCAAAGGUGGACAGUAUCUGUGUUAGAGUGGCAGCUGAUCUCAGCCAUCAGAACACCCAAUUUCUUCUCUCCAUGAAUUGGUGCAAAGUAGUGCCAAACAUGCCUGUUCGAAGCCACCCCCGGUCUACAAAGUGUUCUUGCAUCUUCUGUUUCUUCACAGGGAGCUAUAUUUGGUGGGGGGUGGAAGAGAGUUAACACUUUUGGAUUCUUAC